AUGACAAGCACACAACAUUGGUUCCCACGAUCAAUAUUGUUCUCGAUUUGGAAUGUUUUUACCUCGAAUAUUCCCGGUCUAUUCCUUUGGCCGCUUAGACGCCUAUUUAUUACGUUUUCUUCGACGGCACCGAAUGGAGAAUAUCGGGAGCCAGAUGAUGAAGAGCGCCUGCAAUCUGCCGAUAUCCAGUCCUCCGAAAAUACGCUACCUACCUUCACUAUUCGACCACCCCCUACCGUCACUAUUCGACCAGCCUCCGAACGCCGGGAUAAUCACAAGCUCUUGACAAUUGGAAUUUUCGCCGAAGUAUACCUUUUGGACGAUCAUAUCAUAAGGAAAAUUCCCCGCAGUCAGAGUGAAGAAGAUCUACAACCUAUACUACGCGAGGCUCUGAUUUACAAUAUUCUCGGAGCACAUCCACGAAUUGCCGAAUGGCUAUCAAGGGGCAUAUCCGACUAUAUCGAGAUCACAUACUAUUCUCAUGGUGACCUUGUGGAAUACUUGGACAGGAAUCCAAUCACUCCCGAGCUUCGAUCCAAAUGGUAUCAGCAGAUCUUAGAAGCUAUUGUUUUCAUCCAUAGCCGUGGUGUUAUCCAUUCCGACCUUGCUCUACGUCAGUUCUUCAUUGAUGAGAACUUUGAUCUACGACUUGGCGAUUUCAAUUCUUCGCAGUGUCCUGGCCAUGCAGCGCUUGGCUAUGAGAAAGCAUCACACUGCUUACCAAGAAAUUAUGAACUUCCCAACACGGAAGCUUCCGACAUCUUCGCCCUAGGAUCUACGCUCUAUGAGCUAGUUACUGGCAAAGCGCCAUAUAGCGAACUUUAUGGGCCGAAAACCGACGAUCCGGAUAUCAUCAAAGCUCGACUCCGACGACAAGACGUGAUAGACUAUGAUAUUGAAUCACGCUACAAAAACGGCAUUUUCCCGGAUGUCUCUGAUGUAUUUGGAGGAAAAAUCAUAUUAGGUUGUUGGCGAGGGGAGAUUUCUACCGCCCAAGGGGCACUUGAUUUGUACUUGCACGGCUGA